CUCCCACCGCGCAAACGCAACCCGUGACACCACCUAUGCUUUCGCUUCGCCUCGUCGCCUCGCCUAAAACCCACUCGCGCCGCGCGCUGCCCGCACGCACCCACCCACGUCGCGUCACGACAUGCGGAAGCUGAGCGGAGGCGGCGGGGAGAGGAGGGUGGUGGGGGCGGUGGCGUUCGAGGUGGCGGCACUCAUGUCGCGCGCGGCGGGGCUGUGGCGCGCGCUCGGGGACGCCGAGGUGGGGCGGCUCCGCGGGGACCGCGUCCGCCUCGAGGGCGUGCGCCUGCUCGUGGCCGACGACGACGCGGCGCUCCUGUCCCUCGCGCUCGCCGAGAUGGCGGCCGCCUGCGCCGACCUCUCGCGCGCCGUCGCGCGGCUGUCCGCGAGGUGCGCCGACCCGCUGCUCCGCAGGUUGGACGCCCUCUUCGCCGCCCUCGUCCGUGGCGGCCGUCUCGCCGACCCGCACCGGCUGCGGUACUCCGCGGCGAGGAAGAUGGACCGGAAGGCGCGGAAGAUGCAGCGGCUCGUGGCGUCCACGGCGCUCCUGUCCCAGGAGCUCGACGUGCUCGCCGAGCUCGAGCAGGCGGCCGCGGGGGGCCUGCGCCGAUCAGGCACCCGACGGAAGGGCGCGGCGAGCGGCGGCGGCGGAGAAGGAGAGGCCGCCCGCCGCGUGGCGCAGCAGAGGCAGGAGGUCGACCGCCUCCGCGCGGCCUCGCUGUGGAACCGGAGCUUCGACUACGCCGUCCGCCUCCUCGCCAGGUCGCUCUUCACCAUCGUCGCGAGGAUCGCCCAAGUGUUCGGCCUGGAGCCCAAGAACGUCGCCACCAUGGACGACGACGCCAUGAUCUCGCUCGCCACCACCCGCCUCUCAUGGACUAAUUCCUUCGUCGGCAGCGUGCAUUCCUUGGUCUAUCCUUCAGAUUUCGCCGCAGAUACACAUACUCCCCGGAGAUCAUUGCUCGAUGCAAAAUCCGGCAAGGUCUCCAAUGGCGGCGAACAUGUUCGUCGGUUUCUUGUCUCCAGGAGCCAGAGCUUGAGACAACUCAAAUGGCCAAUGGCCGGGAAGCACCUCAUCGGCUGCAUGGUCAGUGGGAGCAGGUCUCCGGACAGCGAGAGGUGGAAGAUCCAUGGAGAUGGUGAUCUUCCACUCAGCUUCAGCUACUACGUGUCAGCCAGCAACGACGAUUAUUCCAGCAUCAAUUCCCCGUUCCAAGGCGACCACACAAAUUCGAAUCUCUCAAUAGUGUUCGAGUCGUCAUCGCACAACUGGGUGAUGAACGCGCCCGCGGUGACGACACUCGGCGCCGCGGCGCUGGCCCUGCAUUACGCGAAUCUCAUCAUCUUCAUCGAGAAGCUCGCCGUCGCGCCUCGCCAUAUCUGCCCAGACGAGAGAGAUGCCCUGUACAACAUGCUCACCGAUCGGAUUCGGGCAUCUCUCAGAGCUCGCCUCAGGCCGAUCGCCAAGAACAUGGCAGCCUCUUCAUCAUCUUCUUCUUCAGCUUGUGAUCCUGCCAUGGCUGCAGAGUGGUCUGGCACGGUGCAGCGCAUCCUCGGAUGGUUAGCUCCGCUGGCUCACAACAUGCUGCGAUGGCAAUCGGAGAGGAAUUUCGAGCAGAGAAAUGUUGCGUCGAGCGGUACAGGUGUGCUGCUCCUGCAGACGCUGCAUUUUGCUGACCAGAAGAAGAGCGAGGCUGCCAUAGUUGAGCUGCUUGUUGGGUUGAACUACCUGUGGAAAGCUGGAAGAGAGCUUGAUGCAAAAGCUAAAAAAUUGGUGUCAGGUGGUGGAAAACGCGAUGAAUUCACAGAUUAUUAUAGUAGUAAUAGGAUGGAAUGUCGAUAAGAUGCAACUGAAUUGGAUGAGCCUGGGAUAUGUAAGCAGAGGUAGCAUCAGAUUCCCUUUGCUGAUUUGCUCCUUCAAUCCCUACAAUUGGCAUUAUGACACGCAUCUAUUCUGUAAUUGAUGCUCCUGCAUUUUAGUGUAUAAGUGUAGGGCAGCUGAUCAUUUUAAUGUAAAUUUACCAUGUAAUUCAUUAGUGAAGACGUAUCAGGUUUAAUAAGGUCACCGGAACAGAACUGAAACAGUGAAAAUAGACUUGCACUAGUUAGUAUGUUUGUACA